CCAUAAAGCGGGGUUUACCGGGCACAGUCAAGAUCGCGUUAUGAAUAUGCUUCUGCAAAAGACGGCAGGCAGUAGUGGUUAUCGCUAUCUUGAUAACCACAGCACAUUCAUCACCCAGGCCUUGACGGCCCUUCUCAUCACGGUAUCGCCCAAUCUCAUCUCCAUGGCCAUGACGCAGCCGUUCUUCAAUUAUACAGGCUACUACAUGACCGGUGGACGAUGGGAUCGAGUGAAACGCGUCGACUUUCCACUCGACCAGCUGUUGCGGCAGGCCAACGCAAACCCAGACGGAAAACCAUAUCUCCAGAAUCUGCGCAAGGUGUACAUGAUCAACAAGUCUGAGGGAAUCAUGUAUGACGAACGGUUCUACCACGAAAUCGACUUUAUCGGGUGUUGUCCACUCGUCGAUCGUCUUCCUUCUAUAGAAUGGAUUGGCACUGAUAUCCUUGGAGAAGACGAAAAUGGCAUACCGGGUUCUCUGGGACCGUCGAAUAUAAGUCGCAUUUCCAUCACGGAUUCCUCAGUGGGCAGUGCGUAUCUCGCCCGACUGAUUACGCCGUGCAAAGCACUCAAAGAGUUCCGAUACUCCAUCGGCGGUAGAUCGAGUUUAGACGGAUAUCCCAGGUUCAAUCCUAAAGCAUUCAUCCACGCGUUGGGCCCGCACAAGACAACAUUGGAGAUUCUGCAUGUGGACGUCGAAGCCCGUCUAUAUCAGUUUACAGAGACGGAUGGCGAUGAACUGGAGGAGGGGCUUAAUCAAUACGCCGGCCCAGCUGCGAGAGAGCCUUCGUUUUGGGACAGUCAUUCUUUGAAAGAGUUCACUGCCUUGAAGCAGCUGGCUCUGGGCAUUGGCUUUCUGCUAUACUUUGCCAGAGGCAGAUUAGACAAUCUCCCGGAUGGUCUGGAGCAGCUGACCAUUUUGGGAUACAAAAAGGGCGAGAAUAAAAAGUAUGACGCGCAGGUGGAUACUCUGGCUGGAGCGAAUUUGAAAGUCGAGGGAAUCGAUGAGAUGAUUCCGAAUGCAGACGAUGUGGAUUGUGAAUGAUGGGAUUAUAGAGAUGAUAAUUAAGAUUCUUCGUUUCAGCUCAGCUACCCCAUUAUAACAUAUUUUAUACCUACCUCUCACUAGAACCGACGAUCCUCAGCCGCACACAAAGUGGGCUGAAGGGCAGCUGAACUCUCAACUGAACCUUCGCUGCCUAUAAAUUGCCCUCACUCGACUCAGCACUCGCUUAGCGGCCCACAGUGAAUAUGACCACUGACAGCUUCAUGUACGAUAGCUUCAACAAUUCGCUUAUCUCACAUACAAAUACUAUCGUAUUCUCACUCAUCCUUCAUAUCUUGACCGGGUCACUGUCAACCGUCUCUCCGAACCAGAUCGCUGGAAAUGGGCAGUUGAGAUUCCC